GUGACUAUAAUUGAACUCUAACCCUCGGGCUCGAAGUUGAGUUGUCAAGAAUGGCGUUUAGAAUGCUUUCAAGCAGCUUCCGACUGUUGUCCAGAGCCGGUGUCCGGCGAGCAUCCGGCGAGUCCACAUACAUGUCCUACGAGGCUAGCACUGGCAGUAGCGUUGGGCUCCAGAGAAUAAAGACUCUUCAGAAGACAUUUGCUGAGACGACUGGCCAUGAGCCAGACCUGUACCGUUUCCUGCCUCGAGAUGAAGCCAUCUACCGUGUCGCAAUGGGCAUGGCCAUAGUUGGUGGAGCCACUGCUCUGGUCUAUCUAAUUAGAAUGGCCAUUGGCAAUGUCCCUCCCAAGAGAGAGUAGCCGACUUCACUAACAUCUGCUGUCCCUAGUCAUGUCGAUGUAUUAUGCUGUGGCUAUAAUAUGUAGUAGUGUAUUCACAUGAUGUAUUAGUGUAUCUGUGAUUUGUCUUCAAUCAUACGCAUAAUAAUGAAGGAUUGAAUCUGGCGAAAAAGCA